AUAUAUUGUUGGGCCAUUGUCUUAUACAAUGAGGUUUUAGAAGUGUCUUGCAUCCGCACAGAACCGUUUCGUUUUCUGCUCGUAUUUUUGCGGAGAGAGAGAGAGAGAGAGAGUCCGGUAGCAAUGAUUCACUUUGUUCUUCUUAUUAGCCGGCAAGGAAAAGUGAGGUUGACAAAAUGGUAUUCUCCUUAUACGCAGAAGGAAAGAUCCAAGGUACUCCGAGAGCUCAGUGGAGUGAUUCUCACCCGGGGUCCAAAGCUCUGUAAUUUCGUCGAGUGGAGGGGAUACAAAGUUGUAUAUAAAAGAUAUGCCAGCCUCUACUUUUGUAUGUGCAUUGACCAGGAUGACAAUGAACUGGAGAUCCUUGAAAUUAUUCACCAUUUCGUUGAGAUUCUAGACCGUUAUUUUGGCAGUGUCUGUGAGUUGGAUUUGAUCUUCAAUUUUCACAAGGCAUACUAUAUACUAGAUGAGCUCCUGAUUGCUGGUGAACUUCAAGAAUCAAGCAAGAAAACUGUGGCACGACUCAUAGCUGCGCAGGACUCGUUGGUGGAGACCGCAAAAGAGGAGGCUAGUUCUAUAAGCAAUAUCAUUGCACAGGCCACAAAAUAGUGUAUGUUGAAAUUUAGUCUUUGGUUCUAUGGGUUUGUCAUGUUGUUUGUAUUAGUUCUUGACCUCCCUUGCAUAAAUGGAUGGGUGCAUGAAUUUUUUUAAUUUUUUAUGAGAUUGAUAACGUCUCCAA